AUGCCACCUAGGAGGGUAGGACGUCCUAGAGGACGGGGAAGGGGACGCGGUGGAAGAGUGCCCCAAAUUGUCGAAGGAAAUCAUGAAGAUUGGCGCGAAGUUACGCCACCACCUCCAUCUCCAUCUCCGCCUCCACCUUCACCUCCCCCGCCACCACUUAUGCAAAUUCCGAGGAUUGAACGCAGGAUUGAAGAAGUCUUUCUCCGACAGAAUCCGCCAACCUUUAACGGACUGGGCGACCCGGCCGAGGCUGAGACUUGGGUGCGUGCGAUGGAGCGGAUAUUCAACUUCUUGCAAUGCACAGAUAGAGAGCGUAUGACGUGUGUGACCUUCCAAUUGGCCGGAUCGGCCGAUUUCUGGUGGGAGGCACGUAAGAAGACCAUGACCCCAGGCCAGAUUGCAAGCUUAACUUGGGAGCAGUUCAAGGCAGAAAUGUAUGAUAAGUACAUCCCUAAGAGUUACCGAAAGAAGAAGGAAGUGGAAUUCUAUCACCUUAAGCAGGGAAGGAUGUCAGUAACAGAGUAUGAUAGGGUUUUCUGUGAGAUGUCCCGAUAUGCUCCAGAACAAGUCGACACUGAUGAAAGGAUGGCGGAGAAAUUUUGUGCCGGUCUGAGGCACGAGAUUAGGAUGGCGCUAGCUAGCCACGGGGGAUUGACCUACCUGGAGUCCCUGAGCCGAGCUUUGGAUAUAGAGGCGGCAAUGCCCACUGAACGGAGCACUCAGACUGUAGCUCCGGUUCCUCCUCAGAACUACCCCCAAGGGUCCAAAGAAAAACGCAAAUGGGAAAGUACUCGAGGUCCUCAACAACCGAAACGACCGUGGCAACCACAAUCUCACCACCAUGAUGUUGGAAGACAAAAUGCCUCAAAUCCAACUGGGGGCUAUCAAUCAAAUCUGAGACCGUGCCCCAAAUGCAACAAGGUGCACACGGGAAUCUGCAGAGCAGGGACAGACAUUUGCUUCGUGUGUGGAAGGAAUGGCCACUUUGCUAGGAACUGUCCAAACAAGACCUCUGGAGUAGGGGCAAGGUCGAACCAGCCAGCAUAUCGCACACAGUUGCAAGCAGUCCAGAUGCAACCUUGGCAACCACCACAAUUUCCUCCUCCACCAAAGCAGCAACAUCCUCGGAGGCCGAGUCUCCCAUCACAGGCCCGUGCCUAUGCUCUCAGACAGAAGAAAACCGGAAGGGGACCAAGGAAAUCUGGCAGGUAUGGCUAUGCUCCUUGGUCAUCUUGCGUAGAUACCUUAGACAUCCCAACGAAUCAAGUUGAACAUAGACUUAGGGUGUCUUCGCCUGUCGGAGGAAUAAUUGAAAUUAAGUGCUUCUGCUCAAACCUAGAGGUUUCUUUUGGAGGACAUCAGUUAUUAGUCAACAACUUGAGUGUUAUGCCUAUGUCCGACGUCGACAUAAUCCUUGGGAUGGAUUGGCUAGCUGAAAACUAUGCCACUAUCCUGUGCAACCAACGACAAAUCUCUUUUCACCCUCCCGGAAAGGACGCCACUAACUUUCAUGGGGUUACCUUGGGCAAGCGAAAAUCCAUAAUCUCCGCACUACAAGCUGCAACGCUUGUACGAAAAGGCCACCCGGCCUAUCUUGUCUACCUGAAUGAAGAGAGAAAAGAAGGGAGGAAAAUUGAAGAUGUGGAAAUAGUGCGAGAGUUCCCAGAUGUGUUUCCCGACAAUCUACCUGGCUUACCCCCGGAUAGGCAAUUGGAAUUCACCAUCGAUCUCGAACCCGGGUCUGCGCCAGUGUCGAAAGCUCCAUAUCGAAUGGCUCCGAAGGAAUUGGAGGAAUUGAAGAUGCAACUUCAAGAACUGAUGGACCUGGGUUUCAUCAGACCAAGUGUCUCACCGUGGGGAGCACCUGUACUUUUUGUGAAGAAGAAAGAUGGGACGCUAAGAAUGUGCAUUGACUACCGAGAAUUGAACAAGCUAACUUUGAAGAACAAAUAUCCGUUGCCAAGAAUUGAUGACUUGUUCGACCAGCUCCGAGGAGCUAGUGUCUUCUCAAAGAUGGAUUUAAAGUCAGGAUACCACCAACUGAAGAUUCGACAAGAUGACAUUCCAAAGACGGCCUUUCGAACACGGCUCGAGUUCCAUUAA